UCGCAUUUAUCGAGCGGCCAACACUGCGACGGUCAGUGAAUUGGCAGCCAGUCUUCGCGCGGAAUUUGAACAAAUCGGUUGAGCCAUAAAAAAAAAUUAUAAUUUCUAAAAAAUCAAAUCAACUGAAUUGUAUUGCGUUGAAAGUUUGAAAAUAUUAUAAUACAUCGCGAUAAUAGUAGAGUUACUUGAAAAAGUACAAAAAACGUUAGAAAUGAGUAAAAAACUUUUUGCUGUGCGCAAGUAGAAAGUUAGUUCAUCCGUCUGUGGUGAGAAAAGGCUGCAAAUAAAAACUGUAAUCGAAUUCUAAAACUCGAAAAAUAAUCAGUCAAGUGCCAAGUGUUAAGUCUUUUGAAACGGUGUAAAUUUUAUUUCAUUAUUGCAAAUAAAAAAGUUUACCACUAACUGUUACAUAAACAACCUUCGAAGCGCACCCUUGACAUUUCCGCAGUGCGCGUAGUCAACAACAAUGGAUUCGGAUAAAGUUGUGCGCGCCAUGGCGCGUUGGUGGCAGACCGUCAGUCAAGAGGACAAUGAUCCCGGGGCGCGUAAUCCGAUGCUUUACGACCCACUGCAGGACGGUGUGGUUAAGACCUCCAAGAAGAUGCAGUACUUCGCAGCGCUGGUUGUUUGCCUGGGUGCUGUAUCCGCUGGCACAGCAUUAGCAUGGACUUCACCGGUGUUGCCACAAAUAAGCGCCCCUCCACCGAAUACUGGCACGGAAUCAAAUUUGACUAUUACAAAUUCGACUAUCUCCAAUUCGACGACACCUGCAACGCCAGCAGCGGAUUCUUCGGGAUUACAGUUAACGCUUGAACAACAAACAUGGGUCAGUUCCUUGGUUGCUAUUGGUGCCUUCGUCGGCGCUCUACCCACUGGUUACAUAGCUGAUGCAAUUGGCCGGCGCUACACCGCGCUUAUCAUGGAUGUACCCUUCAUUGUGGCAUGGCUGGCUAUCAUCUUUGCCAAAUCGGCUGGAAUGUUGUACUUUGGACGUUUUGUAAUAGGUGUUUCAACCGGCAGCUUCUGUGUAGUCGCACCGAUGUACAUAUCUGAAAUCGCGGAGACGAGCAUACGUGGCACUCUGGGCACACUCUUCCAACUGCUACUGACCUUUGGCAUACUUUUGGUUUAUCUCAUUGGCGCAGUAGUCUCGUGGACCACCCUGAGUGUACUGUGUCUAAUGGUGCCGAUUGCGCUGUUCAUUGGCAUGCUGAUACUGCCAGAGACGCCCACCUAUUUGUUGAAAAAAGGUCGUCGCGGUGAUGCUGCGCUGUCAUUGAAAUGGCUUUGGGGUCGCUACUGUGACUCACGCUCUGCCAUACAAAUGAUUCAAGCAGACUUGGAUCAGGCCGGCUCGGAUGCCUCCUUCAUGGAUCUCUUCCGUAAUCGCGCCGCCUUCCAUGGUCUCAUCAUCUCCAUGUUGCUCAUGUUCUUCCAGCAAUUCUCGGGCAUCAAUGCCGUCAUCUUCUAUACGGUGCCCAUCUUUCAAUCGGCUGGCAGCACUUUGGACCCAUCCGUUUGCUCAAUUAUUGUCGGCUUCGUGCAAGUCGUUAUGACGCUAGCGUCUUCCCUACUGAUCGAGCGUGCUGGCCGUAAGGUGCUUUUACUCUUUAGCAGCACCAUGAUGACUAUUUGCCUAGCCGUUUUGGGCAUCUACUUCCAAAUGAAGGAUAGUGGCAAAGAUGUUUCGUCUAUUGGCUGGCUUCCACUACUUUGCGUGGUGCUCUUCAUGAUCGUCUUCUCAGUGGGUUAUGGUCCCAUACCGUGGAUGAUGAUGGGCGAACUCUUCUUGCCCGAUGUAAAGGCGACUGCUGUGGCGUUGACUGUGAUGUCCAAUUGGUUCUCGGUUUUCGUGGUGACGAAAUGCUUCGGCUCGAUGAUCACCGCUUGGGGUUCGGAUAUGACUUUCUGGUUUUUCGGCUUUUGCAUGCUCACGGCCACAUUGUACGUGGCUUUCAUGGUGUUGGAGACGAAGGGACGCAGUUCUGCUCAAAUACAAAUGUGGCUCAGUGGCGGCAAAUUGUAAAGUAUUUAUAAGGGAUGUACAUACAUACAUACGUGAUCGCUUCAAAAAAUACUUUCUGCUUAUUUGUAAGGCCUUAGCUAUAAGUUUGAUGUGUAACUGAAUUUGUAAAUAGACAGCAAAAAACCAAAGGUGCUCUACGAAGGUGGAGUUGCGCAGUUAGUAGGGUUGUGGAAUUAGCGUUGUUAAAUUCAAGUGUAAGCGUGUCACGCAAUAUGUUCAUAACGGAAUGUGAAACAUAUUUUAUGCAUAAAGAAAGAAGUAGUUUUAGUUUAUUGUAAUUUAUAAAAAAUCUGUGUACGUACAAUUAAUUAUCUAUUAUUUGAAUGAGAUUUUUGUAGAUACUUUCAUAAAUUUUAUUUUGCUAUUAUUAGAGACACAGCCGUGGAAAACAAAAUUAAAUGUAUAAUAAUUACAA